AAGGAGCUCUGCAGUCUGUGUGUGAGGGAGGGAAAGACAGAGAGAGAGAGAGAGACAGAGAGGGAGAGAGGAGCAGAGGGAGGGAGGGGGGAGAGAGAGCAAUGUGCCUUUCACAGAGCUCGGAGCUUGAUGGGAAUGUUUGAUUAGCUCCUCUCUGAAAGAAAAAAGGUGUCCAGGCCUCCCUCUGCUGCCUGCCUCUCCUUCUCUAGAAUAAUGUUGGCUGGAGUUUGGGAUACAGAAAAGCUUGGAAAAAAACCCAUUUUCAUACUGUGUGGAGAAAAGGAAUAAAAAGUUGCACACCUCCAGCAAGUGCUCCUUGGUGACACAUCCAGAUUUUGCUUCAUUCACCAUGAGGGCCACAGUCAUUGCAACCUUCUUUGGUGUGUUUCUUACAUGUACAUACACAGCCAAGGAAGCCACAAAGAAGACAAAAAAGGCUAAGCUAUAUGUACCACAGAUUGAUUGUGAUGUCAAGGCAGGGAAGAUAAUCAAUCCAGAAUUCAUUGCAAAAUGCCCUCCGGGAUGUCAAGAUGUAAAACACCGUGUUUAUGGCACAGACAUUUAUGCUUCUUUCUCCAGUGUCUGCAAUGCUGCAAUUCACAGUGGUAUAAUUGACAACUCAGGUGGGAAGGUUCUGGUCCAGAAAGUCGCCGGGCACUCUGGUUACCGCGGGAGCUUCUCCAACGGUGUGCGGUCCCUGUCACUGCCGCGCUGGAGGGAAUCCUUCCUGGUGUCAGAGGGCAAGCCAAGAAAAGGUGUGACAUAUCCUUCAACCCUUGAAUAUUCUUCUUCAAAAAGCACAGCUGUUAAAUCAGAGCCCAAAAAACCAGAGCAAGACCUAAAAGGUAUGAAGAGUGCAGACACCUCUAACACAUCAGAAAAAGCGUCAGAUCAAGGGGACACGGCCCGCAAAGAGCGUCAGACAACUCCGGUGCCGACGCCAGGCACAGAAAUGGCCACCACCACCCCCACACCGACCACCACGACGACAGAGCCUUCCACCACAGUGCCACAGCCAACCACAACCCCUGCAGCACCCAGAACCACAGCAGCUCCAGCCAAGGCCAGACCUGGACUGCACAGGGGCAGAGAUAUGGGUUCUAGCAGUGUCCACCCAGCAUAUGCAUCUGUGGUAGCUGCAGCAGCAAGACAGGUUCAGGCCGCACAAGGAAGAGGACAGAAUACAGCAUUCAGGGGCACUUCCACCUCUGCAAGUAACAGGAAUAUUUUACUACACAAUACAGGUGCUCAGCACCAAGAGCCUGUUGCCACCUUCCAGAGCGCUGCCAGCUCUCCAGCCCACCUGGCAAUGGAAAUAGACUCAUGGAAACCUGGACUGAGCCUUUUUGACACAGGCUUCAGUUCAAAGGAAGAAUUGAAUCCAAAGCCGCUGGAAUUCAUCUCCCAGGGGAAUCAGAAUUGCAAGGUUGAUUUGUCCUUCUUAAUGGAUGGGAGCUGGAGCAUUGGCAAACGCCGCUUUCAGCUCCAGAAGCGGUUCCUUGGUAACGUGGCUCAAGCCCUUGGCAUCGGCAGUGCAGGUCCUCUGAUGGGCAUUGUUCAGUAUGGGGAUGACCCUUCCACAGAAUUUAACUUAAAAACUUAUGCCAACUCCAAGGAUCUAAGGAAUGCCAUUGAGAAAAUACAACAGAAAGGGGGACUUUCCAAUGUUGGGAAGGCACUUUCAUUUGUUAACAAAAACUUCUUUCUGGAUGCUAAUGGAAACCGAGGUGGAGCACCUAACGUGGUUGUAGUGAUGGUGGAUGGGUGGCCAACCGACCGAGUGGAAGAGGCCUCCAGGCUGGCCAGAGAAUCAGGGAUCAACAUUUUCUUUGUCACUGUUGAAGCAGCUGCUCAAAGUGAAAAGCAGAAUGUUGUUGAACCAAACUUUGUGGACAAGGCAGUGUGCAGGACAAGCGGUUUCUAUUCCAUCAACGUGCCCAGCUGGUUCAGCCUGCACAAGGUGGUGCAGCCCCUGGUGAAGCGGGUGUGUGACACCGAGCGCCUGGCUUGCAGCAAGACGUGCCUCAACGCCGCCGACAUCGGCUUCGUCAUCGACGGCUCCAGCAGCGUCGGCACCGGCAACUUCCGCACGGUUCUGCAGUUCGUGGCCAACAUCAGCAAGGAGUUCGAGAUUUCGGACACCGACACGCGCAUCGGGGCCGUGCAGUACACCUACGAGCAGAGGCUGGAGUUCAGCUUUGACAAGUACAGCACGAAGCAGGACGUGCUGAACGCCAUCAAAAGGAUCAGCUACUGGAGCGGGGGCACCAGCACGGGAGCAGCCAUCAGCUACGCCUCGGAGCAGCUGUUCAGCAAGUCCAAACCCAACAAAAGGAAGAUCAUGAUUCUCAUCACAGAUGGCAGGUCUUACGAUGAUGUCAGCGUGCCAGCCAUGGCUGCUCACCAAAAUGGAGUCAUCGCUUAUUCCAUUGGAGUUGCUUGGGCAGCCCCAGAUGAACUGGAAGCCAUUGCAUCAGACCCCGCUAAGGAGCAUUCCUUCUUUGUGGAUGACUUUGACAACCUCUACCGCUAUGUUAAUCAGCUCAUCCAAAACAUUUGCACAGAAUUUAAUUCCCAGCCACGGAACUGAUGGACUCCAGCAAGGCAGGACCCUUGGGUGCUGUGCUGAAGGCAUGACAAGUGCCACAGAAAUAAUGCCAGUCCUCAGUUCAAGAAACACUGGAGGUGUUUCCCUCUGGUACUUUCCAGUCAGCAAGGUUGAUUGCAGCUCUGUCCCUGUGCAUGAUAAUGCUCGUGUAGACUGUUGAUUUUUUUUUUUUUUUAUUGUGGGCAUCAGAAACUCUGAUUUAGAUGGACAGCAGAAGAGGCAGUGAACAUGGAGGAAAUAACUGCAGCUGUUUGAAGAGCUGCUUCCAGCACAGAGCCCCAGUUUGCUCAAUUCUCACCUUUGGACACACACAGGUUCCUUAGAAGUGCCACCAGCUCCCUGAAGUGACCAGGCCCCUUCAGGGAGUGGCCAAGCUGCUGAGCUGCUGUGGUAGAAACACCUCAUGUGGCACUGCCCACCAGAUGACACACAGAUCAGGGCUCAAAUACCAGAUGGAGGGGGAACACAACUUGAGUACCUCCUUAAAAGCAGGUAUUCUGUCCACACUGCUGUCUUGUCAGUAAGUUAAGCUUCAGCUAGUGUCAACUCAAGCACUGGGACUUAUCCAAACCCGGAGAAACUGGAAAGCAAGAAAGAGGAAAGGUUCAAACCCCAGGACCCUACAACUCUGCCUCCUUUACAACCCUACAACCCCAAUAAAGCCCCAGAUCCACAGGGCAGCCAACAUGCAGGAACUGGAAUCUAGUCUCCCACAACACUGCAUUAAUUAAUUGACCUUGAGAAGUGUUUGUCCCCUCAACUUCUUCCUCCACUCUUGGAUGGUUCAAGGCCUGCAGGACCACAGGAGUGUUGCCAGGACGCAGGAGACUCUGAGAAAAACUGAGUUUAAGCUGCUCACAGUCACUAAAGCAUUUAAGACCCAUCACUCUGUCAUUAAACCAACACUCAGAAGUGCAGUCUCAGUGUCAGGAGAGCUAUUCAAGAACAAUUAACAGGAUUUAAGAGGGAGUUAUCUGAAGUUCUGUAUUGUACACUGGGAAAAGCAGAAUUUCAAGCAUUUAGAUACUCUCCCUCAAAUUUAGGACCAGCUUUUCUUUUAUGGACUGAUUUCAAAAUAUACCUAUUACAGCCCUGGAUCUGUCAGAACACACAGUGGUUUCUUAAGUGAAGAACUACCCAUGUCACUAGUCAGUGCAGGAGGAGGGACACACUAGGAGGACCAAAAAAACUCCACUCUAUUUAGGAAGCAGCAGUUGCCGUUUAUGUUCCAUCCAGUAUCAUUAAAGAAAACACAUUCAUUAAGCAAAGUUAUCAAAGGAGCCAAUAAAAACAUGAGUGUUCACACUCCUUACAGCAAUCAAAGCCAUGCUGUGCCAGGCUUGUGGAACUAACAGGAAAUGGAAAGAAAUUAAAACUCAGAUUUGCCAUAUUACUUGCAAAUCAGGCUCUUAACAGCAUUUAUAGUUUUAAUAACCAUGAACCAAGAUAUUUAUUAGCCACAUAAAUUCUAAUUGAAUUGCCAUAGGGAAGCUCAUUUUAUCAGCAAAAGUAGCACUAUUUUUUAAAUCAUUAUGUUUGGAAAUAUGACUAAAGUAGCUUAUAACAUGUCAACUAAGUAAGCACAACACAAAUGAAUGAAAACAGCAGAUUUUGCAUGAUCCCCCUGGUGGGGUAACAUAAGCCAGGCUGGGGUCCUCUCAAGAGGUUAUCAAAACCAAUUUUGGAUGAAGCAGUGGUUUUACACAGUGAAAGUUCAUCACUUCCCAUUAGAAGAAACAUUAAGUUCCAGCUGUAACUGAGUAUCAUAAAUUCAACCAUUCUAGCCAGACUGAAAGCACAGGACACUGUCAGCAUCCACAAAUAUAUUUGUAUGCAGAGUUUUUACCACUAAGCUCAGCUACUGCACUUCACAGCAAUAGCUUUUGGCUUGAAAAAAUUAUUAAGGACAGAGAGCUAGGCAUGAGGCAUGAGCAGAGCAUCUCCUGACCCAGCUCCUCACUACCCUUCUGCUGAACACAUCUUUCUCUGUCAACAGGGGACAUUACAUGGCCUGGACAAAACUCAAACCCAUUAACUGAAUUUACUGGGGACUUCAGUUUAGACACCAGAUUUGUUGUCUAAAAACCUGUUUGUUUUGGGGCUUGAUUUGGGGCUGUCUGAGAAAAAGGCCUUAAUCCUAACUUACAGUUACCCUUAAUACUGUGGUUUAAUUUUUAAUGCAGCAGCUCACCACCACAUAUUGUUCUCCAUACUGAAUGUACUCUUGCAGCACCGAAGAUUGGUACCCUGCAGAGACUCCCCAAUGCUUCACUUGUGCAGUGGUGGCCGAGACAUUGGGAGCAGCUAGAGCACACGUGCUCUUUAGGAUGUGCUAAGGGAUAUAUGCAUAUGGGACAUCAUUUUUUCCUAAAGCUUAAAGUUUAAGCAGUGACAUUAAGCUUUCAAAUGCUUUCUCAGAGGAAAGCUGCACAGCUAUCUUUUGUCAAGCAUUUAUAAGGUUUCAGGGUUUGUUGUUCAAAUGGUUUAUCUUAAGUUUACAGAACAACUAUGGUGCUUGUUUCUCAAUCUGCAUUUUUAUUUACUUCUUGGGACUAUCUUGAAAUUGUCAAUACUCAAACUGUGAAAGUGGUUUAAUCCAACUCUCAUCUAAACAUAGAUGUCCUAUUCAUAAGCACCGUAAACUUAGGUGGAAGUAUCAAAAUUUUGAACACACCCUUCCAUGCGCUCACAGAACACACUCCUCCUCACCUUUACUUUUCAUAGCACUCAAAUCACUUGCUGCCUACUAAAGUCUCUAAAUACUGUUUGAUUAAAAAAACAAGUUACCUUACAUAUAUAGAUAAAUGUUUAAAGGGGUAUAUUUGUUUGAAGAAAGCAGAACUCCUUCUGUAACAUAUGCAAGCUAUUUUGAGCUUAUCAACAUAAGUUGCUAUAUCUUUUGCAAUAAAAUUGUCUUAAAGGCACAUGCAGUGCAUGUCAUCUCAUAUGGGGUUAAAAAAUAAACAGCAAAUGCAGCCCAUGACAUUUUAGUUUCUGAAACACAGCUGAGGUUAUUACUACAUUAUGGCAGACUUAGCAAGGUUGGCAAAGCCCUGAGUGCUUCAGUGUUGUCCUUUUACAUGCUCAGAUGAAAAAGAUCCUUAGAGUGAGCUACCGCAAAAUUACCUGUCAGAGGCAUCAGUCAACUGAAGCAGAGCCUAAUGACUGAAGGGCAUCAAAAUUAUAUGUACUUUUCAAGGUCUGCAAGAUCAUGUCUUAUUUGGAAUCAGACUUCCUUUGGAAGCUGAAAAAAUAUGACAGUGGCUUAACACAAUUUCUAGAUGUGGGACUGAGUCAAAGAAGGAUCUACAUGUCCAGUCACUUGAUGCUGGGCCCCUUAGUUUCAGGUGUCUGACCAGCUCAGUGGAACCUGCUGUCUGGCAAGGCAUGCCCAAGAGAAGAGAUGGGAGCUGUCUGAACUAGUCACUGCAUGCACAUUCUAGAGGGUGUUGUCUGAUCACCCUCUCCCUAAGAAAUAAGCUCCUUUGCACUCAGAGUUGGCUGGUGGCUUAUCAGUGCUCAGCAACCACAGUGCAGAACACCCACCUGGAAAUACCUACUGAUGUCCAUGCUCUGGAAGCCUUGGCAGAGCUCACUUUCAGCAUCUCCUGCCAACUCCAGCAUUAGCCAGUCCACCAAAUUCAAUUAAGCAUUCAGCCAUCUCUUCAGAGAGAAGUACCUCAAAUUUCUGUCUCCCCAGAGCAGGACACAGCAUUUCUGUUGUCACUGUGCCACCCUGCACAGAAGGCAUCACCCCCAGUGUGCACCUCCUGCUCCUCAGCUGCUGCUUUGCUGGUUUGGCAAGAGGAGAGUUUCUCCAUGGCUGCUGCCAACAGGGGGGCAGACAAGCUUCCCCUUCCUCCUCACACCCAUUCCCCCAUGGCUCUCCAGCACACAAGGGGAACUAUACCAGUAAUCAGGAAAAGCUCUGGAGUUCAGCAUCCAGCCAGGAUCAACCCAAUUUAAAUACAUUUAUGGAUUCAACACCCUACCUGUAACCCCACAGGAAAUUCAUCCACAUUAUCUUCUUAGAAAGCCAAAGCAAGCAGUAGGUAGUAUCAGAAACAUUAUCUAGACACCAAAUUUAAGUCACUUUUCUGUGGUAUACAUACCUUAAAUUACUUCAUGGUUGAACAAAGCCACUAUUAUUCUGCUAGCUAUUUUUCUCUGUCCAUGAGCAACAUUAUAGAAACAACUUGAUGCCUUUUCUUUUCCAUUCCCAUCUCAUUUCAAGACAUCUUCGACACAAUAUCAGGCCAUUUACAUUUGCUGAGUCACCUACAUACUGAAAACAUUACAAAUGUACAUCUAUGCAGCUGAACACUUCAAAUUCCUCAAAAGAAUCAUUUUUCCUUGUUAAACUGGGGGAGGAAGGGGGAUGAGGGUUUUAGCAUUGCAUCAGCAACACUGCUCACAAUCAACUGUGUCAGUCUUACUGAAAGGCAAGAAACAUGUUAUUUUCCUUAACACCAGUUUAACUCAUUCUCUGAUUUUAGUGAGAAUUCUGAUAGUGCAGUUCAAGAAUUCCAGCACUCGUAGAAAUUACUUCUUUUUAAGCACAAGAAAUUGUAGAAGUUCCACUGUAUCAUCAAAUAUACUCACUUUUCUCACAUGCAAAUCACCAUGGGGCCAUGUCACAGGCAAACCCAUAAGCAUGUUAAGAAUGCCUCCCCUAUGUGAGGGUCACUCAUGUUAUUCACUGAAUCUUCUUUCCCCCUACCUCAGGAAUCUUCUAGAGGCAUUCACACAUGUGUGAAUGAGAUUGUACUGCCAAUUCAAAAAGCAAUUCCUCCUUUCCUAUGAGGCAGGAAGACGAGUAGGACCAAAUCAGGCUAUUUUAUACCAACCAAGAAAAGAUGAGAACUUCACUUACCCACCUACAAGCUCAGAAAAAACAGGAUGGGCUCACUGACAACAACUUGUUCUGCGCAGGUCUGUGUAGGUUCUCGUGCCACCCGCUCACAGUGCUGUUCUGAGCACCUUCCUGCAGAGACACAGCUGCCAUCUGUGAUUGUGCUUUGCUUUCCCUCAUCCUCUCCCCAAGGGCAGAACCACGCGUUUAUUUUUGCACUGAAUGAACGCUGUCCUCGGGAAGAGCCACGUGUCUGGCUGUGAACAAGGCCUGCUGACAGCCCGGCUCCUGCAGAACUGCACCCCCUCCGCAUGUCUGCUCACCCCACAUUCACCCCCACACGGGCACCACGUGCCUCGGCACAUGGAAGGAUGUGGGGUGUCAACAGAGCCAAGCUGGCGCAGCAGUACGAAACCAAGACAUACGGAGAACAGAAAAACCCAGGCACUCCUGUGAACACGCUGCACAGUUCAGCAGGAAUUUCACAUGGAGUUACCUCAAGCCGCUCCAAACAAGUCUGCUUGUCUUCCUCUUAAUGCACUUCCCCCUCCUAGCACUCACUCCAAAACCACAGGUAUCUUGUGAUAAAAUGCAGAAUCAUGAACACAAUGCAAAAUGUUGAAAAAUA